AACAGACGUACAAAUUCAUGUCAUUCCUUGACUCUCGAAUUUUCGCUCCAGAGCAACGCGUUGCAAACUUUACGCUUAUAAUCUUAUCUAUAACCAAUAUCAUUUCAAAAACUUAUACUAUCUACCAACAUGGAAACAGCAUUUAAAUCACGUCGUGUAAAGGUUUACCAACUUAACAAGGAUAGCGAAUGGGUGGACAAAGGGACCGGGAUUUGCUCAUGUUUGCGCAACAGAGCAAAGGACGAUGCUCUUAUAAUUGUCCGAUCGGAAGAAGACUCAUCAUCUAUUUUGUUAGAAUCUCGUGUUUUACGAGAUAUAGACUAUCAAAAACAACAGGACACAUUGAUUGUCUGGACUGAACCGAAUGGCUCAGAUUUAGCCUUGAGCUUUCAGGAAGCGGAAGGUUGCACGGAGAUAUGCACCUUUGUGAAUGAUAUACAAUCCAAUAUGACGUCAGAAAAAGCGAAGGGAAAGCGAAGAGCUUCCUCCCCUCUUCCAGAGAGAGAGCCACGAGGCAUGGCUGUUGUACUCCCGGAACCAACUCUAGCAAAUUUACCAGAGAUUGAACGAGUAGUCAAAAAGGCCACCCGCUCAAUUUACGAACGAGAAAAACUUGCAUCACAUGUCUCGCAGGAGUACAUAGCUAGGCUUCUGCCAUUGCUUAAAACUUGUGAAGAUCUUGAGCAGGUGCAAGAUCUUUACAGAUUAUGUAAUAUCAUGAAAGGUUUCAUAAUGUUGCAAGAUAAUGAUAUCAUCCGAUACGUACUUCGUGACGAUGUCAUUCUUGAUGUUGUAGGAUGUCUAGAAUAUGACCCAGACUUCCCAAAACAUAAGGCUAAUCAUCGGGAGUUUUUGACCAAAAAUUCAAAGUUCAAAGAAAUCGUAAAGAUAUCUAACAAGACAAUCAAGGCAAAAAUUCACGAAACAUUUCGCCUACAAUACCUCAAGGACGCUGUAUUUGCCAGAAUGAUGGACGAUCCCACGAAUUCGGUGCUUGCAUCGUUAAUUUUCAUUAAUCAUGUUGAAAUCUGCAAGCACUUUACACAAGAUGAGAAGUUCCUAGAUGAACUUUUCCAAAUUUUAGAACGCGAAGAGGAAUCGUCGGAACGAAAACGUGACGUCGUAUUAUUCACGUCACAACUUUGCAUUAUAGCAAAGAACAUACAUUUACCACAUAGAAGAGAUUUGCAUAAAGCACUGGUUCGUAAUGGAGCAUUACGUGUUUUCGACUUUUCAUUGAGUAAUAACCAUGCAACCAUUAAAGCGGCUGGUGGAGAUAUAUUGGCAAAUAUUCUUGAGACCGACGCAAGUCUUGUUAGAACUUACAACGUAGUUCAGGCAGAACAUAAACAGAAGACUUUGGCUGAAACCAUUAUCAACCGUCUAUUAAAAGACAGGGACUGUUUUACCAAAGGACAAUACGCCGAAGCUAUCCGAAUGCUAUUGGAUUUGAGUGCCGAUCAAACCGAAGUUGGCACAACUACUACUGAAGACCCGCAGGCCAAAAAGGACAAUGAGGAAUUUAUUACUUUUUUCUAUGAACAUCUUAUUAAGAAAUUGGUUAAACCAAUAAUGGAAUUCCCAGAAAUUGCAGAUGAUGAGGAAAUUCCAUGGUUAUCAUAUGAUAAGGCUACUUUAGCAUUUCAUAUUUGUGAACUUUUAUCGUUCCUCAUCAAGCAGCAUACCUACCGAAGCAAAUAUUUCUUACUUUCAAGUAAGAUAAGUUUAAAAGUAGUCGAAUUGCUUCGAUGUCGUGAAGGAACAGUUAAACUUGCUGCAUUGAGAUUUAUUCGUGCUUGUAUAGGAACGAAAGAUUAUGAAAUCAUCUAUCGGCAUUUUAUUAGUAAAGAGAAAGAUAUAUAUGGUCAUAUAGUUCGCGCCUUAUUAGCUACGAAGGGAAGGGAUAAUCUUGUUAACUCGGCCUGUCUUGAAUUUUUUGAAUUCAUUCGAAAGGAAAAUAUUAAGUUUCUUGUAAAUCAUAUUUGGGAAAAAUACAGGGACAAGCUCUCAACAAUUAAAUAUGUCAAUUGUUUUAAUCAAUUCAAACUUCGUUACGAGCAGAAUAGUGAAGUAAUUCAACCAUCUAUACAACAAGCAGUAUCUGCUUUGAGCCAAACUACUUCUCGUAGAUCCGGUAAUUAUGGAUGGGAAACUGAUUACAUGGACAUUGACGAAGAAAAUUAUUUUAACACUUCCGAUGACGAAGACGAUAAUGUUGCCGAAAGUACGAGCACUCAGGCGACAGAAUCUCCAUUAGGGUUAAAUGAAGAAUCAUUGUCCGCCAGUUCUAGCACUUCAACAAGUGAAUCAUUGCUUGACAACGAUUUUUUAACAUCAACGAAAGAAACAUCCUCUUCCGAAGAUAGUUCCUCAUUUAACGAAGAUUUUCAAUUUACUUUAGAUACAUCAUCCUCGCAGAACAAUGCAUCUUCUUCUAAUGUUGAAUUUUCGCAAAAUAAUUCAAGUUUUUCCGAUACAGCUAGCAACUCUAGUGAGGAGUUUUCUCAGGCUAAUACAACCUCUUUUGGUGUCAAAUUCCUUCAAAACAAUGUACUAUUUUCUCAAUACGGGCAAUUACAAAAUAAUUCACCUUCUACUGUCGAUUUCUUACCAAAUUUAAAUUUUACGUUGAACGCUAGCUCAACCUUGAUACCUUCAUAUUCUAGUCACGAAGCGGUUCCAAAUUUUCUGAGCUUUGGUCAUUUGGGCUACGAAACUUUUUCAUCUUCCAUCAAUUCAGGAGGAUUUCGUAUGAGUUAUGACGAACGGAGAAAACAAAAAAAAGUUGUGUCUUCAUCCAACAGAACUACUGUAUCAAUGUCCAAAUCAAUAUCAGCAAAUGUUUUCUCUUAUAAUGUUGCAUUUUUGAGCUCAUUGAGUGGUGAAACUUCACAAAUCGCCGUCCCUGUGAAUUUAGCUAAUUCCUACAAACUUGUCGCUCCGGUGUCAGCUUCUAUUGGUAUGGAAUCAUCAAACGUUACAACAGAAAAGGAAGAAAUUGAUGCCAACUUGGUGGUUAUCAAUCAAGUUUGCGACAGAUGCUUUCUGAAAGACAAUGGAAAAAAUAAAGAAAAUUUUGCUCCUCGUAUAACUAGUCCGCAAACGAUAAAUUAUGGUCUCGCUGACUCAAUGAGGAUUGAGCAAAUAUUUCCACGGAGUAAUAAUGCAAUAAUUCCUGUUAUAUCGUCCACAAAAGUAAACAAAGACAAAAAAAAGGACAAGGUAAUUCGCCCAAGAAAAACUGAUAGCCGGGCGCUGAGGACUGCCAUUAAGAAAUUAAAAUCUGAAGAAAAUGAUGAUGAUAAUGGCGAAGAAAACGAUAAGACAAAGAAAGAAUAAGAUAAUUUAUUGAAAAAAAAAUUCUUAUUUUCUUUUUUUUUUUUGUAUCCAACA